AACCUUCACUCACCAGAAAACUAAAGAUCUCAGCUUCUGUCUUAGCACAAUGAACAAGAGUAUGAAGGCUGAGUCUAAGAAUGAAGAUCUGAGGGACUUAAUCUAUGACAUAAAGUCUUUCAUUGCGAUUAUGGAUAGUGACCAUCACCCAAGAAAAUCAACGAACGUAAUCAACAACUUUUUGACUGGAAAUAUGGACAUAUUCCGGUGAUGGAAGUGAGACUACCCAGCCAAGUUCAUUGUGAAAGUUCUGGACGGGAAAACGAUCCUUUACUCUUGUAAAGAUUGCAUGACUCAAAAGCAGAAACAGAAAGCUAUCAGAAUUAAAACAAUCGUUGAAUGUUUUAAUAUCGAAACAAGAGUUCUCUUCGACAAAGCUCUGGAGAUCUACCAACACUUGAGGGAGGAAAGCAGCCUGCCGAUUGUGAUUAAGGAGUACAAGUUCAGCAAAUUUGCAAUGCUUGUCUCCACUCUCUUAUCUAUGGUGCAGAAGUGAAUCGUAGCCUGUGAGGAGAACGCGUCGGUAAUGAUCAAGAUGGACAAGAUUUUCAAAGUCUUAGAGGACAAACUCAUGUACUUUAUUUAA